AUGUGGAAAUCGUUAUAUCUUAAAAACCAGCCUAUACCAGAACAAACCAGAAACAACGUUGUAAUUACCAUGUCUAGCGUGCCACAAGAUUCCACAACGGAUCGUGUUCCGGAUAGCACCGACUCUAGUGUCCGUUACGCCGCUUACGCUAGCCGUUUGAGAACAAUCGCACUGGCAUCUCAUAGAUACGUCGCAUACACUUCCGAUAUCGGCGAAUCUUUCAGACCCGUGUUCCCACCAGCAGCAGUGACUCUGGGAUAUGGUAUUUCCUGGCUAUAUAUCUUGGGAGAUGUUUCUUACGUGGCGUGGGUGACAAAACUGCAGAAAGAGGGGAGAUAUAGGCCCGGCUUGAAGCCCUGGGAUCCGUUACCUUCCGUGGACAAGGAACUCGCCGAUUCCGCGCACGCAAAAUCGCUUCCAGACUGGAAGAUGGCAGGUUUGGAAAGAAUGAUAUUUCAAAGCGUGGCCUCUAUGGGACUCCCCGCGUUCACGAUCCAUUCUGCUGUGAAAUACUCAGGAAAAUGGAUCAACAAACAGUUUCCCAAAAGCGCUGCGCUGAGAACGUGGGGCCCUAUUGGAUUGGGUCUUAGUGUCGUGCCAGCACUACCAUACGUGUUUGAUAAACCCAUCGAACAUUUGCUCGACAGGGUUUUCCAUCCGCAGGGCGAUGCGCAGAACCAUCAGAAAAAGGAAUAG